CAGAAAAUGGACUACGCCUUGACAUAAAUAAACAAUGCUAUUUAGUAACCUAACGAAGCUGUCAUUGACCGAGGACCGUUUUGACAGUAGCCCCUUACCGGAAGUAGUUUUCUGUGACGAAGCUCUUGUUCAAAAAUCAUGUAAAUACGUUUCUUCAGUACUUCAGUAGUUCAUUUGAGUUUCGCCAUUGAUCUCUUGCUGCAAUAGAAACAGCAGUAUGUCAAGUGAAAAGUGUUUUGCCAAAGGUAGUCCUGCACCAGGCCCAGUCCCUGAAGGCACCAUCAGGCUUUACAGCAUGAGAUUCUGCCCUUUUGCUCAGAGAACAAAAUUAGUUCUGAAUGCCAAAGGAAUCAAACAUGAAACCAUCAACAUCAAUCUGAAGGAUAAACCUGACUGGUUUCUGGAGAAGAACCCUCUCGGUCUUGUUCCAACACUGGAGACACCUGCUGGUGAGGUGAUAUAUGAAUCUCCCAUCACCUGUGAAUACCUGGAUGAGGUUUACCCUGAAAAGAAGCUGAUGCCUUCCUCUCCUUAUGGUAAAGCUCAACAGAAAAUGAUGCUGGAGCAUUUCUCUAAGGUGAUGCCAUACGUGCGAAAGAUCCAAUUUGGGAGAAAAAAUGGAGAGGAUGUCUCAGGACUGGAAGUUGAACUGACUCAGACUCUGGCAAAGUUUAAUGAGGACUUGGUUAAAAAGAAGACAAAGUUCUUUGGCGGCGACUCCAUAACAAUGAUCGACUACAUGAUGUGGCCAUUUUUUGAGAGGCUGAAUGUCUUUGAUUUACAACAUUGUCUUAAUGACAUGCCUGAGCUGAAAAAGUGGACGGAGAACAUGUCUGAGGACUCAACUGUCAAAAACACCACGCACAGUUUGGAGACCUACAAAGCCUUUUACAAGACUUACUCAGAGGGGACACCCAACUAUGACUACGGCCUUUAGACGACUUUGGAAAACCUGACCGUCCAUUUUUAUGUGGUUACGAUGAUUGUGCUGUUGUGUAUGAUUGAAGGUGAGGAAUUUGCUAUUAAUGGUCACUAAAAUGUGAUAUCAGAAAAAAAAAUAAAAAAACAAUGUCAAUGUGUAAAA